AUGUCAUCGAGUGAAGAGUGCCAGGAGCGGAGCGGAAGAGUCUUCCUUCGCAUUCCGGACGUCACCUGUGUUCACAUCCACGAACAGACCAAGACAGCAGCCGAGCCAGCCGAGCUCGAGUACUGGGAGGUGCCAUCAGAGCCAGAGCCUGUCCGAUUCCUUCUCUGUGCCCAGUACAUGGGUAUCGUCCUCCCGCCGCACGCUCCGCCGCAAGCCCACGUCAUUCUCGACAACUUGCUUGCCUUCCACACCAAGUUUGCCGACAAGACGCAAGAGAAGCAGGAAGUUGUUGCUGAGCCGCCGCUCGAUCGAGCCGAAUCAUCUGCUGACGAGGCUUCCGCUGAUGCUCCUCCUGCGGAGUCGUCGCAAAUCGAUGCGGAGCCUGCUGCCAUUCCGGUCAUCACCACUGCCGGCGCAGCAUCGCUCGAGGCAGGAGAAGUUCCAGAGAGCACCGCUCCGCCGUCAUCGACGGUGGCGGCAGUCAUGACCGGGGUGGCCAACGUGUUGGACUCGUCGGCGGCGACGGUGGGCAAGGCGGUGAUCUCGUCGGCCGAGGUGGUCGGCUCGGGCGUGGCGUCGACGGGCGUGUUCGUGCAGUCGAAGAUCAAGCCGGCAAGUAAGCCGCUAGUGGUCUCAGACGGAGUCAAGACCAAGGUGGCGUACGUGAACAAGCUGUCGUCGGCGGCUGUGACCGUGUCGGACGCCUUGGUUAAUGGCGUCCGCGCCAUGGCCAGCACCCUCGGCCAGGCCGCAGCCGACGCCAUCUCGGAGACCGAAUACGGCCGCAAGUUCAACUCGGGUACGGCCGGACCCAAAAUGAUGGCUGCCAAGCGCGUCGGUGUCUCGGCCAUCUCGGCCGUCGACACUAUGCUCUCCUCGCUCUACUCUGCCGGCCACAUCCUCGCCUCCAACGUCUCAUCCGCCACCACCGACGUUGUCGCCCACCGCUACGGCGGCGACGCCGGCGAAGUGACUAAGAACACACUCUCGGCCGUCGGCCACGUCACCGAGUCGGUCCUCAACAUCAACAAGAUCGGCUACAAGUCGCUUGUCGGCAUCGCCGCCAAGGAGACCACAAAGGGCGUACUCGUCGGCGACGCCGCCGCCUCAUCCGCCACCAAGUCACCCGAACAGCUGCUCCUAGAGAGCAUCGCAGAUGCCCACACGACCGCUUCGGCCUCGGCCUCGGUGCCUGAUGCCCACACGACCGCUUCGGCCUCGGCCUCGGUGCCUGACCCUGAUUCCACCGCCGGCGCCAACUCUCGGGCUGACGCUGGCGCCGACGCCAACGCCGACGCUAGCGCUGCCGAAUCGGGCACCGAUCGAUACAUCGACGAGCUCAACUCUGCCGAGGCCUACAUCGCGUAA